AUGCUGACGAUAAGCAGGCGGGCCCGAAGGCGGCUCUGUCAUUGGCUGCCGGCGGAUGGCGGCCCCGCCCCAUCGAACCACCUGGCGCCACUUGGUGCCGGCCUCCGCCUGGGUGUCGCCCUACGCAGGUCCCCCCCCAAUGACGUCGCUGCACAGAAGCGGAGCUGGCCUUACCCGGCGCACUACAAGUUCGUCGAGAUAGCUCUUGAGCAGUAUAUCGGCUCCACAGCCCAUCGGCUCGUAUUGCUGCUUUCGUGA